AUAAAUACUCCGUUCACUCCUCGUCCCCUCGCUGCUUUGCUUUCAGGUUAGAGAGAGAAAGAGGUUAGAGAGAGAGAGGAGAGAGGGGAAGAAGAGGGAGGCGCUGUCCUUGUUGGGUUCCGAGGAGGAGGCCGAGGCGUUCCGUGGCUCGACGAGCUGAACAUUUCCGGGGGAAGGUGUUAACGUUUGGGAUAUAGUCUUGGAGUUAAGAAGUUUCUAGUCGAAGGAAGCAAUGGAGGUAUGUGGCAAAUCCAUCGUAGCAGGGGCUGGAAAUAUUAUUUAUCUGUCAACUAUUUUAGGCCGGGAUGGGCCUAUUCCAGUCCACAAAUGCGAUCGGAAAUGCCAAAACGAACAUGUUUGUGGAAACAUGUACCUUUGUAAACUGACAGGACUGACACACAUCUGUGACAAGAAUUGUAACCAGAGGAUUUUGUAUGAUAACCAUAGUUCACUUUGCCUAGCAAGCGGCAAGAUUUUCCCCCUAACACCAACUGAGGAACAGGCUGUGAGAGGCGUCCGUAGGAAGCUUGAUGCUGAAAGUUCUUCCUCCGAAAGCUGCGCAUUUAAGCGCAGGCGUGAUGCACAGCUUCAUCCUUCUCCAUUUGAGAGAUCCUUCUCUGCUGUCAGUCCUAUCUGCAGCCAAGUUGGAGACGGGAUGGACAUGAGCUAGAUUAUAAAUAAUUGUCUUUAUGCUAUGUUGCUUCUGGAACAUUUUGUCCUUUCGUUGAACUUAUGUCGAAGAACUUAAUGCGGAUACUUAAAAAAUGGCAGGCUUGAUAUAUCCUGCCUUUUGUAGGAGGACUUUAUUUCUAUGGUUGUUUAAUGCAAUCUUACCUAACUAUUUCUAGAUUAAUUCUCUCUCCUGUAGUCUGACUUUGAUACCAAUAUUGUAGCUGAACUCUCUCUCUCAUUGUACUACAGUUUCUGAACUGUAACUAUCGCAUGGUGCCUCUGGUCAAUGCGGCCAUUGUUGUAGCAUCUUUAAUCGUUAUUCACUCUUUUCCGUUACUCCUCUUCUUUUCUUGAUGAUGUUUUCCCUUUCUUUUCCAGAUUGAGUGGGUACAGGGAGGAAGGUUAUAUGUAAUGUAAAAAGUGUAGAAGAGAUUAUUAACUGAUAGCUCUUACCUCUUAUUUUAAUUUUAUCUGUUGUAUUUCAGAUGUGUAAUGGUUAUAAUCCUUUGGUUUGUCAAAUUUGACCACUGUUCACCCAUGCAGGGCUGCUUUUCCAAGUUCCCACAUCAAGGGCAAUAUAGAAUUGGUGUAUGGUUGAAACUUGGCUUUAUUAUUUAAUGCAUGUUAUGUGUACUCUAUGAGUGUGUGGGAGGAGGGAGGGAGAGAGAGAGAGAGAGCGAGCGAGCGAGCAAGCAGUAAUUUGUCUUUUAAGUCUUUUCUUUCAGUUGCAUUUCAUGUUUAUCCUUGGCUGUUUUUUCUUGGGUGUUGAUGUUCUACAUGGUAAUUUUGCAGGGUUGAAGCAUGUGCACUUUCAGGAGAGUUUUAACUAAUCUGUUGAAUAUUGAUGAAUGAUCUAUUUUCCUCUAAAUUUUCUGAAGUUUAAAGGUCUGGAGCUUUUAGUUUAUUUGUGUUCAUUUCUCGUGUGUAGGUAAUUGAUUCCCCAGUGGCAGUCAUGCAGAGUUUUCACUCAGGAAGAUGGGCGAGGACAGUGCAGAUUGUGGUGUCCUGAUAUCCAAAUACCGGGUGGACUUAAUGGAGAGGAAUGAAAAUGUGUAUGAUCUUUUUCCGGGUGGCUUCUAAAGCUUUGAAUCAUGUGUGGCAACCGAGAAAUGCUGGGAAUUGUUCUGGAGUUUGUAUUUUUCAGCACAAAUAAUUCCAAAUGCUUGAGAACGGAAACUUCAAGGCUCCUACUUGGCUGCUUUUGGACAUCUCUGCUUGUGUUGCAAACAUUUUCUCUGGUGGACUAUUGACAGUUUGGUUAAGGUCGGUGCCCCAUCUUUGGGAAGCCAGAGAAGUGUACGUCCCAAGAAAUCCAGUGGAGAGUUAGGUUACUUUCUAACAGCAACAGCAACGCUACUGGAACCCAUCUAUCUGUAUAUGCACAUAAAUAGUUACUUUUUGCCUUCAUUUGAGUUCAAGAGUUUCUGAAUCUUUGUGGGUUCCUUGCUCUGCUGACUUGUAUUUAAUUUGCAAAAGUUUGGUUUGUGCUGGGGUAUUGCUCGACCAAGCUUCUGCUGACCCUGGAAAAUGAACUGUGAAAGUCAAACCAAGCUCAAUUUGUACAUGCACAUAAAGAGUUACUUUUGCCUUCAUUUGAGUUCAAGAGUUGCUGAA